AUGGCAAUAAAUAACAAUAAGCUGAAGGUUCACCGUCGCUGGAUCCUGUUCUGCGUGCAGCUUCCUGGUACUCAGGUCUCGACCUUGUUGUGUUUAGAAAUACCGUCGCAAUCGGAUCAUUGGACGAGCAUGCGAGGGAAGCAAAACUGGUGCGAACAAGCGGAUAUUUACCAUCCAGGUCUUUGCUUCUCCUGCCCUCUGCUUGUCUGGGUUGCGAGCGUGUCUCAAUUCCACGAGGAUCCUGGUAUCAGAUACCGUUUCUGCAGGGGUAGUGCAAACAAUCGUGGUGGAGUUGGCAACGAUGGGAACUGCUGUUUGUAA